GGCAGCUGCAGGAGAACAAUGUUUGGGCUCUGAAGACGCGCGGAGGACCCGACGGCGGACGCGAAAAUACGGCGUGAGAGGACCCGGGAGGGUGAUGGUCAUGCGCUGGAUGUUACCGGCUUAUUCCAGUUAACUUCCCGGCCAGGCGAUCAUCACCAUGAGCAUCAUUCAAGAUAAGAUUGGCAACGAGUUCCUGCGUAACGGAGCCAUGGAGCCCAACUUUGCCCAGGGCAUGAUCAUGUUCAGCCACCUGCCACCCGUAACCAGCUUCACGCGCUUGGCUGCGCAGUCUGCUCUGCACGAUCCAUCACUGCCACUGCCAUUGCCACCGCAGGAUGUGGUGCUGAAGAAGGAGCGCGACUCGCCCGAGUGUGGCACCGGCGGAUAUGCCCAUGCCGCGGCCAUCAAACAGGAGAAGGUGACGGAGCACGACUAUCGGCUGCCGCUUUACCCGGGCGCCGUGGAGGUGUCACUCAGCGGUCACCAGAACCUGCUGGUGCAUGACCUCAGCCUGGGCAACCUGUCAGGCAGGCUAGUGAAGGAGUCCUCGGGGAGAAGAGGUCGGAGGUCAAACGGCGACGGACAAGAAGGCAAGCCCAGGAGAAAAAGGGGUAGUGAAUCAAAGACCGACCUGCUGGAUGGUGAUGGGGCCAGUCUAUCUCCCAGCUCCAAGCCCCACAUCUGCGAGCAUUGCAACGCAGCCUUCCGUAGCUCCUACCACUUGCGCCGACAUGUACUAAUCCACACAGGAGAGAGGCCUUUCAGAUGCAGCCAGUGCAACAUGAGCUUCAUCCAGAAGUACCUUCUGCAGCGGCACGAGAAGAUCCACAGCGGUGAGAAGCCAUUCAGCUGUGACCAGUGCAACAUGCGCUUCAUCCAGAAGUACCACAUGGAGAGGCACAAGAGGACUCACAGCGGAGAAAAGCCAUACAAGUGUGACACGUGCCAGCAGUACUUUUCCAGGACAGACCGAUUGCUAAAGCACAAGAGGACCUGUGGAGACACCUUGAAGAAAGGAAUGGACCCUGGCACGUCAGAUCAGGGGGGCGGCGAUAUGGAGCAGGGCAGCUAUUCAAUCACUCAGGGAAACGCAAGUGCUUCCAGCCGAAAAAGGGGCAAGUCCAAGGCAUCGGGUGAGGCUGGUGAGCGCAAGAAGAAGAAAAGCCCCAACAUGCAGGUGGUCGGGGCCCUCGGCUUACAGGAUUACACUGUUGAGGGUCCCGCCAGCGGUCUGGCCGGCCCUAGCAUGCACAGCCGUGCCCCCAAGCUGGUCUUCAAGAAGGUUGGCCGUAAGGGCCUGGAGAAAGGUGGACUUGGUUUGGACGAAGGCACCGCUGACCUUCAUGGGCAGAAGCUGCUCUCGGACAAAGCGGGCCCUGGAGAACUGACCGGAGAUGGCCUGGGGCUCAUGCAAGCACCGGGGGCCAAACAGGGUGCCACUAGUAGCAACUAUGAUGAUGCCAUGCAGUUUUUGAAGAAGCGGCGGUACCUGCACGCGGCCAACAGUGGCGAGUACGACGUGGGACAGCUGUCCUCCCAACCUGCCGUGGUGCAGGCCACGGGGGCCGGAGUCAUGGACGGAGAGGCGUCCUUGGCGCUCCUGGACACCCCACCCCUCGGUGUGGAUGUCAAACAUGAUAAGUCAGGCAUCCCAGAUGAGGUGCUUCAAAGCCUGCUGGAUCACUACACCCAGAAGCCUGAGGGGCACCACGACGUCCCCUUCGACAUGGGAGACCAGCACGUGGACCUUCACCCGCCUACUGACGGCCCUGAACUCGGCACAGAUGACGGAUCGCCUGGCACCGCUGGCGACAAGGCCGUUAUCAUGCACGAGUACUCGCGCUUCCUCCUGCAGGCACUGGAGCGCACCAGCCACGGCAGCGGCUUCCCGCUCGGCCCUGGCACCACGCUGCCCUACACUACAUCACCCCUGGAGUGCACCUUCGGCCCGCCGGUUACCUCAGCGCCCCCCGGCACCUUGCCCAAGCCCCACUUUGGAAUGCUCCUGGGCUCACCCCAGUCCAACUUCCACCUGGGUGCCCUGGAACCCACCCACCAGCAGUUGACGCCCUCCCAGGAGCUCACCGAGCAGAUUGACAAGUCGCACUCUCCGGGCACCUACCAGCUCUCCGGGGGCGGCCCCAAGGACCCGCAGGCUAAGAACGGCUCCGGCUAUCAGCUGGCCUCGCAGGACCUGCCCACGAUGACCCCCUCCAAGGGCCCUGAUCUCCGGGCCUCCUACCAGAUCGAGAACUUCGCCCAAGCCUUCGGCUCACAGUUCAAGUCAAGCGGUCGACUCUACGGCACUGACUCCAGCGGGGAGGUUGACCACAGAAUACGGACUCCUGUGUCAGAAUUCUCAGGGUACACUAGUUUGUUAGCUGACGUCAAUGAGCCAGUUAGUACAGGAUCUAAGACCCCAACGAGCCAAAGCUACAGGUAAGGUCUGAAAUCAGACCUCUUUGCAGGUUUGUUUGGUUUUCUCAUUGUAUUACUUUUUUUUUUUUUUAAUUUUUUUUUUUUUUUUUUUUUUAAGUAAGGUUGUGUUUUAAUUAUUACACUGCCAUAAUGUUUAUUCGAAAUCCAACCAGAAGAGGUCAGUAAAGUCCUCCCUUAAAUGCAAUUUUUA